AUGGCAGCUUACUUCCAUAAACUCUUGAAUGAAGAGGGAUAUAGGAGCAUUAUGUUGGGUGAUUUGGAGUACUCGGAACGGCAUCGUGAUUUUGGGUACUGUAGACGCAUAAGAGUGGGGGAGGUCAAAGGGGCUAUGCGCAGAAUGAGUAGGGUUAGAGCGACUAGGCCAGACAAGAUCCUUGUUGAAUUCUGGAAGAGCAUGAGUAAGGCAGACUUGGAAUGGCUCUUUGGGUUGUUUAACGUCAUUUUUAGGAUGAUGAAGAUGCUUGAGAAGUGGAUGAGGAGUAUGAUGAUUCCGUUGUAUAAUAACAAGGGAGAUAUCCAAAACUAUAACAACUAUGGGUGUAUCAAGUUGCUAAGCCAUACGAUGAAAGUUAGAGAGAGGGUGAUAGAAGCCUAA